AGAGGGAGGGGUGAGGGGUGUCAUCGUUUGGGCAAAAGCUGUGUUAAAUAGUGAAGUAACCUGGCUCUGAGUAUCACACACCAGGCAUUUGGACGGACAUUUGAGAUUCCUGUGUGCGGCUGUAUUGGAGUAGAACUCUCACAGGUAAAAUGAUGCAUCCUAAGAUGAAGUGGCUGUUUCUGAUCCAACUACUGCUGAUUGAACAGGCUCUGUGCAGGACACCAACUCCCCCUGCUCUGAAGAACACUCUCUUAGGGGAGGGGGACACUAUCAAAAAGGGGCAGCAGUUGCUCAUUGGGUCCCAGACCCAGCUUAGUCUUCCAUCAGGUGCAGCGGAGAGUGCGGCCCCUGAAGAGUGGGUGGUGCAGGAUGAGGCCAGGGCCCAGUCUGCCCAGCGUGUCGUCACCACGCUGAAGGCUAAGCUGCAGGGCCGAAUCCUCAUCCAGGCCAACACCAGCUGUGAAGAGCUGCUGUCUGCCUCCACCCUGCAGGACCUCUCCUCCACCCUGUUCCCCCGGGAGCUCCUGGGCCUCUCCCUGGUGCCGGUGCUGGUGGUGGCAGGCUGUCCCCGGGAGGCCCAGACCCUGGUGCUCAGGCUGUACAACCUGCUGGGGGUGGAGGACACUGAGGAGCUCCUCAUAGAGGUGGAGAGUCUGAUGGCGAGGGGAGCACCCCACCCCAGAGCCACAACACCCCAUGCCUCACAUGUAGGGAAGAUCCAAGCAGAGCGCCACCUCCGGGCAGUGAUGUUCAACAUCCAGCAGCUGGCCAGGGCUGGGGAGGGCCGUAGGGGGCAUGGGGCCUCUAGAAAGGGGAAGCAAGAGGAGCAGUGUCAGGGCUGGACCAGGGUGAAUGGGACCCUGCUGUUGGGGAAUGUGAUGGAGGGAGCCACAGGGGGGCUGGAGGAGGCGGUAAGGGCCUGUGAGAGCCUGGGGUCCCAGUGUGCGGGUGUGUCCCAUAACAGAGGGCAGUACCAGGCAGUUCUGAAGCCAGGCAGCCGGGUGGUGCCCACUGAGGACUCUGACUCAGAAUGCUGGAUUCGACAGUGCCAGGUGCAGGAGGAGAAGUCACCUGUGGCCUCAGGGCGGCGGGCACGGCGCAGCCCCCAGCGGAACUGCGUCAACAAGAAGGAGGAGCGCGUGUACAACGUGGUGGAGUGGAUCCCUGUUGUCAGCACCCUUUACAACCUGGGCACAGCCGUCUACUACACCUCUGUCAACUGCUCCGAGAUGGCCAAGGAGAGAGCCAUCCUCAGCGCCGUCGACCUGGGCACAGAUGCCCUCAUGGCCGUCACUGGGGGAACGGUGGGCGUGGCGGGCUACGUUGCCGGGGCAGGGGUGAAGACGGGGGUGAAGGCUGGGAUCAAGUACCUGCUGUCCUCCAUGAAGCAACAGGAGGACCUGAUAGUUAAUGAGUACAGUUGGGAGGAGGGAGUCAUUAUCAUACAGUAAACAGCCAGUAGCCUGGUAGGUAGCCAGAUAUGAUUUUGCUUCAGCCAAUGGCAGCAUAAAGAGAUGUUGCGACCAGGAAGUGGUCUCAGGGAACUCCUGAGUCAACCCUCUCAUACCACCUUGACCUCUCCUCCACCCCAUCCUCUCAACCCAAACCCCUCCUCUCCUCCUUCAGUACUAUUGAUCAGGUCAGACUCAAUUUCCACCUCUGAUACUUCAAGUGCAGGGACUAUUGUAACGGUACUACCUUUCAGUUGAUGUGUUGUUGUUCUGCCUCCUCUGGAAACAGAUGGUGCAAAAUUCAAGCUGGCUAUUUGUAAAAAUGUAAACUCAUUGAUUUAUAAGCAACUUUUCAUUGCCAUGAAAGUGUGCAACUGCCCUUGAACAAAAAUCAUUGAUUGAUUAAAUGAUAAUUCUAGAUAGUUGUUUUUUUACGACUA